CGGUCCAUCAUCGUACCUUGGAAGUCCCCCGUGUAUCUAGUAGUAUCCCUCCGUCACUCUCGAUCUCUCUGCAUCUUCAGUCGCCGCCGCCGCUAGCUCCAACUAAGGUGGCACCACCGCCGAACCCUUCUCAGUCCAAUGGCCGGGUCAGGGAGUUCCAUGGUAUACUCCUUCCUUCUGUUUACCGUCGUUCUUUCCCUUCAAGAAAUGUACAGAGGGAAGUUGGCAUCAUCGGAGCUGUUCACAAUACUCGGAGGGUUCACUAGUUCUAUCCUAUUCCUUGUCCUGCUUACAUUUAUUGGCAACUUCCAGGAAUCGUGUAGCGUGAGAACUGGUUGGGGUGCUGUUAUAUUGGCUGAAGCAGUUGCUCUCAUUGCUGCCGGCACUGUUCACCGAGUUUGUAUCACAACAUGCUUCUUGUUCUCAGCUGCUUUGCUUUACGAAGUCAACAAGAUUUCAGGAUCGGCGCUUUCUAAGAGUGAAUCUAAGACAAGGAGGCACUGAGCUGUUCCUCUUUUUAGGUUUUGUCAGAAUACUGAUGAAUAUUCCCUUAAAAGCAUUAGAUGUUGCAAACAUGAUAGAUGAGAACUAGAAUAUUACCGUUUGGAUUUUCUUUCUUUUACUUAUCUUUUUAUGGCGAUAACCUGCGGUGGAGAGCACGAUUCGUGUUUGUACCGAAGUCCUAGAGUCUCAUUUGAGCUUCUAUAUGCGUAUUUUUAUCUUAUAUCUGUCUCCUCUUUGGUUAUUUAAUUUCAGUUACUAUAA